ACCUCCAAUCAUUUUAGCAACCUUUAAUUUUCUUCUUCAUCUCCACUCUCCUUCUAACAAAACAAUACUUGCACUCACAAAGAUGGAGCACAAUCAUUUCAUCAUUAAACUCCUAACAUUUCUUUGUAUGGUGGUGGUGGCAAGCCAAGCAGCUUUGUCUUCCUCACCGGCGCAGAGUUACUGGAAUUCUGAGCUUCCAAACACUCCAAUUCCCCAAGCAAUCAAGGAUUCCCUGUCCCAAACACCUGAGUGGCUUGAGUUGAAGGGAACUGAUGUAGCAGUUGGAAAGGGAGGAGUAAACGUCAACACUGGCAAGGGAACCAACGUCGGUGUCGGUAAAGGCGGCGUCAGCGUUCAUGCCCCUGGAAAGUCCGGUGGUCAAGGUACUAACGUCGGCGUAGGGAAAGGCGGCGUUAGCGUCCAAGCCCCAGGAAAAUCUGGCCAAGGUACCACCGUCGGAGUCGGGAAAGGCGGCGUUAGCGUCCAUGCCCCAGGAAAAGCCGGUCAGGGGACCAAUGUCGGUGUCGGGAAAGGCGGCGUUAGCGUGCAUGCCCCAGGAAAGUCCGGCUCGGGGACUAACGUGGGUGUCGGAAAAGGCGGUGUCUCCGUUGGAACCGGCGGAAAACACGGAAAGCCGGUCGGAGUACACGUCGGGGCGGGCAGCCCUUUCAACUACGUCUACGCCGCAACAGAAGACCAGCUCCACGACAACCCUAACGUCGCCCUCUUCUUCCGGCCCGCCGCCUUACAUCGUGGCAACGCCGACAUGACCUUGCACUUCACGAAAACCGCCAACGACGCCGUUUUCUUGCCCCGGACGGAAUCCGAAAAGAUCCCCUUCUCCUCCCAGAACAUCCCGGAGAUUCUCAACCGUUUCUCUGUCAACCCCGACUCUGACGAAGCUCAGGUGAUGAAGCAAACCAUCAAAGAAUGCGAAGAUCCGACCAUCAAGGGAGAGGAGAAACAAUGUGCCACGUCACUAGAAUCCAUGAUCGAAUUCUCCAAAUCCAAGCUGGGCAGCGACAAGAAAAUCCAAGCAGUAUCAACCGAAACCCUCGCCGGAGAAACGUCGUCCCUUCAGAGAUACACUAUUUCAGGCGUCGAAAAACUGAACAACAAAGAAGGAUUGGUGGUCUGCCACAAGCAAAACUACGCAUACGCGGUGUUCUAUUGCCACAAGUCAAAGAAGACCGAUGCUUUUAAGGUUUCUCUGGUCGGAGCUAAUGGAGGUCAGGUCAAGGCGGCGGCGGUUUGCCACAAAGAUACCUCCGGUUGGAACCCAAAGCAUUUGGCUUUCCAGGUGCUAAAGGUCAAGCCAGGGACUGUUCCUGUUUGCCAUUUCCUUCCAGAGGAUCACAUUGUCUGGGUUGCCAAGAACUAAAAAUCCUGAUCUUGAAUUGCAUGGCUUUACUUAAAUUAGUUGUUUGCCUUUUCGUUGCUUCUUCCAUAUAUUUUGGAGCCUCUGUCUUUUCUAGAGUGCAUCUUUACAGAUCAUAUAUGAUUCAGGAUAUACGUAUGUUUUUCUUAAAACGUGUAAUAAUACCUCAGCCCAAAGAUUAGCGUGUAUACAGUAUAUGUGGUUGUUAAUAAAAGAUUCCAUGUUCCUUUUUGGUGGGUGAAACUUUACAAAUAUUUGAUCAUUUAUAUACUCCCUCCCCUAAAAUUUUUCUACUUUUCUUUUUGGGGCGUUUCAAAAAAUUCUUCUCACUUACUAUUUUUGGACAAU